CUGUCAUGGACGAUUGAAAAUUCCACAUCACAUAUAAGAAACAUAAGAGUCCAAGAGAACCCAAGAGGAAUAUAUAGAAAACUCUCCAUGCGGCUUUUCCACUCUCAACCUUCUUUCUCUAUCAACUAAUAAAUCCCCUUCAAAACAAAAUAUAUAUCUGGGUUUCUUUUUUCUUCUUUAGUUGUUAUUGUUUUGUUCAAAUUGAUUGAUGAGAAAGGUUGCAGAAGAAAAAUGAAGUAUUUGACAUGAAGAUACGGAGACACGCAGAGGUAGAAGAUGGAAGAGGUGCCUGGAGCAAUGGGUACAAGCGCCAGCUUGGCUUUAAGAUUGGGCCAAUCCAUUUUCUCUACUGCGUCCCUUCUCUUCAUGUGUUUAGGCAUUGACUUCUACAGCUAUACUGCUUUCUGCUAUUUGGUGACUGUAAUGGGUUUGGUAAUUCCAUGGAGCUUGACUCUGGUGGUAGUAGAUGUAUAUUCUGUCUUUGUUAAAUGUCUACCUCAUCAACCAAGAAUUCUGUCAGCCAUUAUCAUUGGAGAUUGGGUCUUGUCCUUUCUAUCAUUAGCUGCUGCAAGUUCAGCAGCAAGUGUUACAGAUCUUCUCCUUGAUGUUGGAGCUUCAUAUUGCCCUGCAAAAUUAUGCAACAGAUACCAGUUAUCUGCUGCUAUGGCUUUCUUGUCUUGGUUUCUGUCAUUUGCUUCAUCUCUCUUUAAUCUUUGGCUUCUUCCUUCUUUGUGAAUUACCUUAUGCACACACAGAAACCAGAUGGGUAAGAUCUUGACAAGUUGCUCAAGGUCAAACCUUGUAUAGUAUUAAAUAGUGUUAACUGUUUACAGCUAAUUGUGAAAUGAUAGGUUUGUUUCCCCUCAAA